AUGGAAGCAUUGGGCAACCUCGAGCGUGGGCAGCUUCUACUAAUCGCUAUAGGUGUAGCUACACUAGGGUAUACCUGUAUUAUUCUGAGCAACCCCCUGGCAAGACUACCUGGUCCUUGGUAUACGCUAUGGACGGAAACAAUUUUGAAGUAUAAGGUUAUUACAGGCCAGAGGCCACAAUGGGUUCAUUCAUUACAUGAAAAAUACGGCACCGUCGUCCGCAUCAGCCCCAACGAGGUCAGCAUACAAGAUCCGAACGCCGUCCAACAAAUGUACCAAGUCAAGGGCGAGUUCCUCAAGUCUAAGUUUUACAACUCUUUCCUACCGGGAAUUGGGAACAUCUUCAGUACAACCGAUGUCAAUUAUCACCGACGACACCGAAAGCUUCUCGCAUCCGAGAUGUCGGAGUCGGGUUUAGCCUCACAUAGACCCACGGUCGAAAGCAAGGUUCGUUUGACUAUUGAGGGUAUGGCCGAAGAAAUGGAGAAGCGUGGUGCUACGGAUGUGUUUCGUUGGGCUUUAUAUAUGGCCACCGACGUGAUCGGUGAGCUUAGCUUCGGGUCUUCAUUCCGCAUGCUAGAAACAAGAGAGGAGACUCAGUACAUCCGCGAUUUGAAAACGACAGCAUUUGCUGGAGGCCUUAGGUCAACAUUCCCUUUCCUCACGAAGGUCACUAAGUACGUCCCGCUGCCAGUUAUCAGCUUGGGGACACAAGUCCGAGACCGCAUGCGCGAAUACGCAACGCAAUCGCUCGGCCGGCACUACAAACUAAUAGAGGAAGGAGAAGACGCCAAGCGCACGCUCCUAUCUAAGUUGUACCGUGCCUCGGAGGACGAUGAAGACACUCUGCCCUUCGAAGAGCUACGUGAAGAUGCCAUGGCGUAUAUCGCAGCUGGAAGCGACACUACCACUAACACCUUGACAUACCUCAUCUGGACCUUAUGUCAACGCCCUGACCUUAAGGCGAAGCUGCUAAAGGAACUAAGCACGCUGCCGGAUGGAUUCACGGACCUGGACCUCAAGAAGCUACCUUACCUCGACCAUGUGAUUCAGGAGACGCUACGCCUAUACAGCGCCGCCCCCUCGGGUCUACCUCGUGCCGUACCCCAGGGAGGUGCUACUCUUGCCGGCUAUUACAUUCCCGGCGGCUAUACGGUGUCAUCGCAGGCGUACAGUAUGCAUAGGAAUCCGACUGUCUUUUCGGAACCGCUGAAAUUUGACCCUUCAAGAUGGGAGAAUCCGACUAAGGCAAUGAAGGACUCGUUUGUACCGUUUGGUGGAGGGAGUCGAAUCUGCAUUGGCUUGCACUUGGCCAAGAUGGAACUGCGUCUCGCGACCGCGCGGUUCUUCACCCGGUUUCCGAAUGCCACCGUCUCCCAAUUAGAAGGAUUUACGGAAAAGGACAUGGCUCCUAUCACGUACUUCCUCAUGGCGCCGAAGGGCCAACGUUGCUUGAUUAAUGCUCACUAA